GGAGCGAGCGCUCGGGCCCGAGGGAGCCGGACGCUCCGGGCGGCCGCCGCCUCCGCCGCCGCCUGGCCCGAGGGGGUGGGGGACGGGCGAGCCCCGAUGCCGGGGGAGACGGAGGAGCCGAGACCCCCGGAGGAGCAGCAGCAGCAGGACCCGGAAGGGGCGCAGGCGGCUCCGGGGCACGCCAAGCCACGGCCCCCUGAGGCGGCGGCGGCGGCAGGGACGCCCGCGGGGACCACGAACAGCCGCGUGCUGAGGGGAGGUCGGGAUCGAGGCCGGGCCGCCGCCGCGGCUGCUGCUGCUGCUGCUGCUGCCGCGGCCGCCGUGUCCCGCCGGAGGAAGGCCGAGUAUCCCCGCCGGCGGAGGAGCAGCCCGAGCGCCAGGCCUCUCGACGCCCCGGGCCAGCCGUCCCAGGCCAGCAAGCCCCCGUCUCCGGCUCAGGGCAAGAGGAGUCCGCGGCUCGGAUGUGUAGACAAAGUAGCAACUGAUAAAGAUCCCAAGGAAGAGAAGGAGGAAGAACCCAACUCUGCCCUCUCUCAGGAAGUUUCUGCUGCUGCGACCCGACCUGGCCGGGGCUGGCGCAGUAGUAGCAGGACAUCUGUCUCUCGCCAUCGCGACACAGAGAAUACUCGAAGCUCUAGGUCCAAGACCGGUUCGUUGCAGCUCAUCUGCAAGUCAGAACCAAAUACAGAUCAGCUGGAUUAUGAAGUUGCAGAAGAACAUCAGUCCACAGGUGGCAUUAGUAGUGAUGAGGAAGAGGAGGAGGAAGAGAUGUUAAUCAGUGAAGAGGAAAUACCUUUUAAAGAUGACCCAAGAGAUGAGACCUACAAACCCCACUUAGAAAGGGAGACCCCAAAGCCACGGAGAAAAUCAGCGAAGGUCAAAGAAGAGAAGGAGAAGAAGGAAAUCAAAGUGGAAGUAGAGGUGGAGGUGAAAGAAGAGGAGAGUGAGAUUAGAGAAGAUGAGGAACCUCCUAGGAAGAGGGGAAGAAGACGAAAAGAUGAUAAAAGUCCACGUUUACCCAAAAGAAGGAAAAAACCUCCGAUUCAGUAUGUCCGCUGUGAGAUGGAGGGAUGUGGAACUGUUCUGGCUCACCCUCGUUACUUGCAGCACCAUAUUAAGUACCAGCAUUUGCUGAAGAAGAAAUAUGUAUGUCCCCAUCCCUCCUGUGGACGACUUUUCAGGCUCCAGAAGCAACUUCUGCGACAUGCCAAGCAUCACACAGAUCAAAGAGAUUAUAUCUGUGAAUAUUGUGCUCGGGCCUUUAAGAGCUCCCACAACCUGGCAGUACACCGGAUGAUUCACACUGGCGAGAAGCCAUUACAAUGUGAGAUCUGUGGAUUUACUUGUCGACAAAAGGCGUCCCUUAAUUGGCACAUGAAGAAGCAUGAUGCAGACUCCUUCUACCAGUUUUCUUGCAAUAUCUGUGGCAAAAAAUUUGAGAAGAAGGACAGCGUGGUGGCUCACAAAGCAAAAAGCCAUCCUGAGGUGCUGAUCGCAGAAGCUCUUGCUGCCAAUGCAGGCGCCCUCAUCACCAGCACAGAUAUCUUGGGCACUAACCCAGAGUCCCUGACACAACCUGCGGACGGGCAGGGUCUUCCUCUUCUUCCUGAGCCUUUGGGAAACUCAACCUCUGGAGAGUGCCUGCUGCUAGAAGCUGAGGGGGUGUCAAAGUCAUACUGCAGUGGUGCAGAACGGGUGAGCCUGAUGGCUGAUGGGAAGAUCUUUGUGGGAAGCGGGAGCAGUGGGGGCACUGAAGGGCUGGUCAUGAACUCGGAUAUACUCGGUGCUACCACAGAGGUUCUGAUUGAAGAUUCAGACUCUACUGGACCUUAGUGGGAAAGAAGACUUUGGGCACUGGAACAGCUCAGACUUUGUAUUUAAAAUAUAAAAGGACAAAAAAAAUUUAAAGCAUUUAAAAUCUAGUAAAAUAACUGAAGGGCCUGCUUUUUCCAUUGUGGAUCACAGCACAUACACACCCAUCCCCUGUCCUCCUUCUGUUGCCCCCCUUAUAAACACUGAUGUUGCCUUUACCAGCAAGGUAGACAAAAAUACAGCAGCAGCAGCUCUUAAGUGAGGGUUAUCCUCAUAGUUCCAGCCAGUGCGGAUUCCUGGUCACUGGCACACCCCUUCUUCCAACCUGUAACUGAUGUGCUCUGGAUCAGCUUUUAACUUACUAGUAUAUUACUGUCUUCUAAAUCCCUUCUCCUCUAUUGCUGCCCUAUGGUUCUGGCUUCUACCCACCGCAGCACACUUACCCUCAAAUAUAUAAUUCUAAUCUCUGGAGGCUGGCAGCUUGACUUGGCACUUUAGGACCCCUUAGUAGGGUGAGCUGUUAAGACAGCACACAUCUCUCGCCCUCUCUUCCUCCAUUCCCAACUGGGCUUUGGAAAGGAAGGAUACGCGGGGACCACCUCCCUUCUAUGAUCCCAGCACCUCAGUCCCCCUUUCACACCUCCAUAUGGCUCUUAAUGGUGCUCACUUGCUUGGAAGCAGGCUCCCAAGAGGGAGGGGCUGCCCUCAGCACAGUCCCUUUGACUGUAAGACAGAGCUCUGUGUCAGUGAGACAGAAAAGUCCCAGGCUAAUGGCAGAAAUUUGCACUUUGAACAUGUGUGUUUUUGUGUUGUGGAACCUGAGAUUCCUUAUUUAUUAAUGGAAAGUCUGAUUUUUUUGGGGGGGUGGGGGAGGGUCUUUGUUGCUAUAUUUUGUGGGGCUGUGAGAGAUUAGAUUAUUCUGACAUGGGACCCUUUCCACAAGAGGUACUUUGAAGGCAAGGCAUAGGGUUAAAGAAGCACAGCCAGCCUCUCAAAUCAUAGCUCUCCAGUGGCCUUGAAAGAAAGCUGGUCCUCAGCACUAACAGAUUCACUACAAUAGCCUACUGUUCUUUUGUCAGCCUUCUUAGGGAAGGAUGUUACUAGGUUUGUGGUAACUAGUGUGCUCUUGGAAAUUUGUAGAGCGUUGAGAUUUAGUUAUUUUAAGGGGAUGUUGGAGGGUGUUCAGGGUCUGAAUUACAGAUAACAGAUUAUUCUUGUAAAUUCUACUUUGUUUUUCCCACCAUUUCUUUAUGCUUCCCUGUUGGUGCAGCUUAGCCUCUUGCUUGCUUUUUGUUUUGUUUUUUUGCUUUGCUUUAUCAUCGGUUCAUUCCAGUUCCCUGUUAGUGAAGAAUAUUGCCAUUAGUGAAGGAACAAAGUCUACAAGUCCUAAAGUUUUAAGUCAAAGAAAGCUGCUCUGUUUGCUUUAGUAAUGCUUCAGAAGAGACACUUUAAUGGACAAGUUGGUUAUCUUUGUAAUAAAGGCUUUGGCGUUCACGUGAAAUUCUGGGGAUUGCCACUCCCCCCGACAGAGUGAUUUCCACGGGUAUGUAAAAGUUCCUAACACCACAAGGCCAAAAAUGUAUUGGGGCUCAUUUUUAGAGAACAAGAGGGUGACUCCUAGCCUGUCGACCUCGGAAGUUGAAGACUGGCCCUGGUCGUUGUGCACGGUUACGAGUGUAUGAUGGCUGUUGGAAAGAAUGAAGAUUUGCUGAGAACAAAGGAAGGAACAGCUUGUUUUUCACAAACACUAAAACUACAAAAUUUAUCAGUUUUCUCUCUGAUUUAUUUUUUCCCAGAAAGGAGGAUAAUAAAUGUCAUCUCUGAAAGAGACUUACUGUGCAACCCGCUGUGUCAGUGGUCGGGGUGCCAGGGAACAGGGAGGGAGACACCUACAGUGAGCAGCCUGAAGUGCACUAUUGUUUCUCACAGUGUUCAUUGGGGGGGAAGCAAAUGGGGUGAGGAUAGAAGGGAUGCAGAGUGUGCUUCCCUGCCCACAGGAAAUACUCAGAGUUGACUUUAAUAUGUUGAGUAGAUUUAAAAAUAGAAUUGAUUGGAUGCCUCUUCAGCAAAGUUGUUCCACUCCCAAAUAAGUCUGUUUUGUACUGUUUGAUUAGUUAGUAUCUGUAGUCCACACUUAGUUUUGACUUUGCCACAUGUGAAUGAACUUUGUCUCCAUAAAUCUAAUUUGCAGUGAUUAGUCAUCAGAUAUUUUAACUACCUACACAAAAGCAAACUAUCUUUGUAUGAGAUAGGGAAAAAUAUGUUGUUCUCCUUGCCUACUAAAACUAACUGAAUAGUCCUAAUAAUUAGGAACUUGUGUUCUUUUUUCUCUUAUUUUUUUCCCCCAGAACUAUCAUUGCCUACAGUAAAUUAUUGUAGCGCCUUGCAGUAGAGUUGUAAAAAUAUUCUUAGGAACUUUUCAUUUUGCUUUUGAGAAAGGGGUGCUAGGAUGGUGAGUUUGUGUAAGUAAACUAAGUUCUCUUCCAUCUCCUGUCAGUUCUCCAUGCUGUUUCGUUGUCCUUACACAAAGGUCUUCUCGUCUUUAGAUUUUGCAUUUCCAGUUCUCAUUAGAUAAAUUACGUUACCUUCUAAACAACCCAUAACCGCUGCAUGUUAGCCAUCUUGAGUUGGCAAUCCUAAAUUCUGAUAACAGAGUUUUGGAUAUAGCUAUUAAGUAUCUCUGAGAGAUGUACUUCCUCGUCAUGAUUGCCCAGGGUUAUUUUGCCAUAAUUAGACUCCUUCAUGUGCUUCAAGGUGUUCGGAUAAACACUGGUUUGGGAAUCCUGGGAGUGCAAAAAGGAAGCUAUGGAGAGGCACCCACACAGAGCACUUGAACCUCUUGUUGUCUGGAGGGAAAAACACAAACAUACUACCAACCUAAAUAAGGUGAUUACGGGCUCCUUGUUUGAAGUACCUUUUCCCCCCCCUGUUUGUUUUUCCCACUUUCAAAUGUACUCAAAAACUUUAUAAAUUGUAAUGAAUCGAUUUACAGUUUUAUUUCCUAAAAGCCUUUUACCUGUUGUAAUGUGCAGGACCCUUCUCCUUUGCUGGGAGAGACAGGUAGUUACCUGAAUCUAGGUUGAAAAGGUUAUGUAAAAAAGAAAUUAUAAUAAAAGGGAUUACUCUGCUUUUCAAA